AUCAACUGGGAUCCGAAACGGCACCGUAUCCGCUGUAUCCUUCAUAUUAUCAACAUAUCCCUUCAAGCCUUUCUUUUCGCGUCUUCACGUGAAGCACUUCAAGCCGCCCUUGGUGCUGCUAGCGACGUCACUGGUGAUGAGCUCUACGAACGGUUCUAUCUCGUCUUGCACGACGCGUCUGGUGGUGAUACAUCAAACCAGCCAGAUCAGACGCGAGCUCAGACGAGACGCCCUGGCGGCGUCGCAUCCAAAAAGGCUUCCGUUCAACAGGGAAAUCCUCCAUCGAGAACAGAUAAUAGAUUAGACAACACCACUAGUAGGAAGGGCUGGUUUAUGAUUCCUGCCCUGCGCAAACUACACCGGAUCGGGCUGUGGCUACGUAAUUCAGCUAUCCACAGUGAUGCAUGGGAUGAGCGCAUCAAACUACGACUCGGUAUUGAUAAUGAUACGCGCUGGAAUUCAUGGUAUAGGAUGAUCGAUAAUCUAAUGAGGAAAAAGCAGCAAAGAAAACACACGCAUUUCUCCAACCUUUCACAUCUACGACUUUGUGGGCUCAAGGCGCGACGACGACGCUCUCGCAAAACCUUAUUAUCAUGGAUAUACUACUUCGCCAUUACGAGCAGAAGUAGGAACUCUAUGAAGCAGAAGAGACAUAUGAUCCUCUCAUGCUGCACUCGAUUGAUAUGGGCUGGUUCGUACUUGAUAAGUACUAUACUAUGUCUGAGGAGUCACCUAUCUAUGCAACUGCCCUCCUCCUCGAUCCGUCGAAGCGAGCGCGAUACCUUGAGAUACACUGGAAGGAGGAAUGGGCGGCGACUGCCAUUACGCACGCACGUACAAUCUGGGAGGAAGAAUACAAGAUGGCGCCCGCCCUCGGACCUGCCCAGCCGCUGAGCAAAGCAUCUAGCUCGCAGCAGGGACAGCCAAACGAGCUUGAUCGGCUUCUGGACGAGAUGAUGGUCGCUGAGGACAUAACCAGGGACGUAGAUGACUUCGAAAACUUUAUCCGCACCCAGCCGAUAAAGAUUGAAGGCUCUCCUCUUAUCUGGUGGUGUCAGAGGGAUCAGAUUCGGACAUAUCCGCGUCUCAGUCGCAUGGCCAUCGAUAUACUAUCUGUCCCCCCUGGUUCUGCUGAUCCCGAGUCAGCAUUUAGUGGAUGGAGACGUACUUUAUCAUGGGAUCGCGAAAGGAUGUCAUGCGCUAAUUUGGAGAAGGUUGAAUGUAUCGGUAACUGGCUGCGUGAAGGACUCAUUAUACCAUCAUCACGUGGUGGUAGAGGGCUCAUCGUGGACGGUGAAAUAAACGGUAGUCUUCGGGUUGAUUCAGAUGAUGAUCUAGAUUAG